UAUAAAGCCCCUCUCUCUCUGUGGGAGCCCCAUCUCCUUGGCGUGGGUUGAGUUGGUUUCCAGUCCGCGGAGGAACCCCGGCCAGCCAUGGCGUCGAUGGGGCUUCAGCUCGUGGGCGUGGGGCUGGCGGUGCUGGGGUGGCUGGGCACCGUCACCAUCUGCCUGCUGCCCAUGUGGAAGGUGUCGGCCUUCGUCGGCAACAACAUCAUCACGGCGCAGACCAUCUGGGAGGGCCUGUGGAUGAGCUGCGCGGUGCAGAGCACGGGCCAGAUGCAGUGCAAGAUCUACGACUCCCUGCUGGCGCUGCCCACCGACCUGCAGGCGGCGCGCGCCAUGGUGGUCAUCGCCAUCCUGCUCGCGCUGCUGGCCGUCCUGCUGUCGGUGGUGGGGGGGGAGUGCACCACGUGCGUGGGCGACCCGGCCGCCAAGGCCAGGGUGGGCCUGGCGGCGGGGGCGCUGUUUGUGCUGAGCGGGGCCCUGUGCUUGGGCACGGUGUGUUGGCCCACCCACACCAUCAUCAAGGACUUCUACGACCCCAUGGUGCCCGACGCCCAGAGGAGGGAGCUGGGGGCCUGCCUAAUGGCCUCCUUUGCGCUGGAGCUUGUCGGGGUCCUGCUGUCCGUGCUGGGGCUGCUGCUCGGCGUGACCAGCUGCGCCUUGCCCAUGUGGCGCGUGUCCGCCUUCAUCGGCGCCAACAUCAUCACGGCCCAGGUGUACUGGGAGGGCCUGUGGAUGAGCUGCGUGGUGCAGAGCACGGGCCAGAUGCAGUGCAAGAUGUACGACUCCAUGCUGGCGCUGCCCACCGACCUGCAGGCGGCGCGCGCCCUCUCCGUUCUCUCCAUCGUGGCGGGCGUGGUGGGGCUGCUCAUCGCCACGGUGGGGGCCAAGUGCACCAACUGCAUCGUGGACGAAGGGGCGAAGGCCCGGGCCAUGGUGGCGUCCGGCGCCACCUUCCUGCUGGCCGCUCUGGCCCAGCUGGUGCCCGCCUCCUGGUCGGCCCACAGCAUCGUGCAGGAGUUCUACAGCCCCCUGGUGCCCAGCAGCCAGAAGAUGGAGAUCGGGGCGGCGCUGUACCUGGGCUGGGCCGCCGCUUCCCUGCUGGUGAUCGGGGGGUCCAUCCUGUGCGCCAGCUGCCCCCCCCCCCGGGAGGAGAAGACCAAGAGGUACUUCCCCUCCGCCCAGAGUGGCAUGGCGUACUCGGCGGCUCCCAGGUCCGUGGCGCAGAGCUCCUACCCCAGGAAGGAUUAUGUGUAGGGGCGCCCUUUCUUCUGGAACAACUGGAAUAACUUUGUGUUUAUGCAACAUUGUUUAUCUAUAGAUCUCUAUAUAUAAUAUAAAUAACAUCAUGGAUAUACAACAUAUGUGGUUUAUCUAAAGCUCUAUAUAUAUUGAGUACAUAUAAUAUUAUAAUGUGCAUAUAUAUUCGUAAUACAUAGCUCUAUAUAUAUUGAGGAGAUAUAAUAUGAUGUCUAUAUAUAUAUGUUGUUUAUCUAUAGCUCUUUGUGUAUUGAGUAGAUAUAACAUAAUGUAUAUACAGCAAUGUUUAUCUAUAGCUCUAUAAGUAGAUAUACUAUAAUGUGUAUAUCUAUAUUGUUGACAUAUCUAUUUGUAUAUUGAAUAGAUAUAAUAUAAUCUGUAUAUAUAUUGUUUAUCUAUAGCUCUGUUUUUUUUUGUAUUCAGCUACUUAGCCUGAAAUCCACUUUGGAACAAUUGUUUAUGCAUGAGAGAAAAUUGGUGAGGGUUAAAUGGUUAAUUCAUGUCCUAAAUUCUGAUAAAAAUAUGAAUAAGACUGGGAAUGAUAUUAGCAAUAUUUUGCCAUGUAAGCUGUGGUUCAUCAUAAAAUGGUUUGUAAAGUACAAAUUCAAGCUGUAAUAUAUUUAUUAAAGUAUUUUAGUUUCUUGGA